AUGGCGACGACUGCAACUGAGGCUACCAAGACAUCAUCUCCUAAUGGAGAAGACAAGCAAUCUCAGAAUCUCCGACACCAAGAAGUCGGUCACAAGAGUCUCUUACAGAGCGACGAUCUCUACCAGUAUAUUCUGGAGACGAGUGUGUAUCCAAGGGAACCAGAAUCAAUGAAGGAACUCAGGGAAGUGACAGCGAAGCACCCUUGGAACAUAAUGACAACAUCAGCAGAUGAAGGACAGUUUCUGAACAUGCUCAUCAAGCUCGUUAACGCCAAGAACACAAUGGAGAUCGGCGUUUACACUGGCUACUCUCUCCUCGCCACCGCUCUUGCUCUCCCCGAAGACGGCAAAAUUCUGGCUAUGGACGUCAACAGAGAGAACUACGAAUUGGGAUUGCCGAUCAUCGAGAAAGCCGGCGUUGCUCACAAGAUCGAUUUCAGGGAAGGCCCUGCUCUUCCCGUUCUUGACGACCUCGUUGCUGACGAGAAGAACCAUGGAACAUAUGACUUUAUAUUCGUUGAUGCUGACAAGGACAACUACAUCAACUACCAUAAACGUUUGAUCGAUCUUGUGAAAGUUGGAGGAGUGAUCGGCUACGACAACACUCUGUGGAACGGCUCCGUCGUGGCUGCUCCUGAUGCACCAAUGAGGAAGUACGUUCGUUACUACAGAGACUUUGUUCUUGAGCUUAACAAGGCUCUCGCUGCUGACCCUCGGAUUGAGAUCUGUAUGCUCCCUGUUGGUGAUGGCAUCACCAUCUGCCGUCGGAUCAGUUGA